UAAAAUGAAAAUUCCAAAAAUUCAACUUGUUCAAGAACCCUCACAAGAAGACAUUGAAAAUGUUGAGAAAAGCACAAAAAUAUUAAUUGGUAAGCAUGUUAAAAUUGGAUAUCUCAAAGGACGAAAAUUUUCUAAGACCUCCCAAGACUUAAUAAGGAAUCCAAAACAUUUAAUUCGUAGGGUGUAA